AUGGAGAAGAUCAUAUCAGGCUGUCCUGCUCUUGAAGAUCUUACAUUGAUUAGGUCUAGGCAUUACAGGCAUCGAGAGGUUCCGAAGAUUCUGACCGUGAGGUCUAAAUCCCUUAGAAGGUUUCGUAUCCUGUUUAACGUUGCGUAUGGUAUGGCUGGUACAGAUUACUCGGUUGUGAUUGAUGCUCCAAGACUCGAGUAUUUGAGUUUGAGUGAUAACCAGUCUGAUGUGAUUCUAGUCAACAACUUGACUUCUUUAUUCAUGAUCGAUAUUGAUACCAAGUUCAACGUUGAGUUUGGCGGUAUACAAUUGUCACCAGCCCAGAAAGAUAAUAUCCGUGAUUUUCUCACCAGUGUUUCAGGUCUCUUCUAUCCAUAUCGCUAUCUAUGGCCCAAAUUCGGUAACUUGUAUCGUUUGGAAAUUGCGUUUCCUAGCUACGCGUUACAUUAUUUGCCUGCCUUUCUUGAAAGCUGUCCAAAUCUUAGGGAGCUCAUCGUGGACUUUUCUUUUACGGUGCCGAAAGACAGACUUCGCUAUGUGCCUAAGUGUUUACUAUCUACUCUGGAGUGUGUUGAGAUUAACAAUCUGAUUAUGUGGGAGGAAACUGGUAUUGAACUCAUGAAUUACUUUCUUGAGAAUUCAGCAGUACUUAAGAAACUUUCUGUGAGUUUCACAGAUUCUUCUAUCACCAACCAAGAGCGACACACCUACAUGGACCGUUUUGCAUCCACUAGGCGUUCUCGCGAGUGUCAGGUUUUCGCAUAUUGA